GAAUUUUGCAUUCCUUGCAUCAUUCGACGUCAAUUCUAUAUAAAUGUAGUUAUUAGCAUGUCUUUGACCCAAAUUAAUGAUUAGUAGUAAAACAUUUAACCCAUUUUCUCUUGUUUUUAUAUCAUAAAUCAAUAAAGUUUCAAUACACUUUCCCAGUUUGCUUAGUAUGUGACCCCAAGUGUGGAAGUUAAACGUCGACGAAAAAAGCAAUCGGUCACACGGCAAUACUAAAAAACGAAUAAAAAAUGAAAUCUUGAUUAUGAUAAUCAUAUUCAUACCCUCAUUAUUCAUUGAGCGCAUAAUUUAUUUAUAAAUAUUACUCCAUAAUUUAUAAAUCGCUUUUGGAAUCUCUAUGUGAUGUUCUGUUUGAAGCAAAAUGGCCCACAUUCAUGUGAGAGGUGUUCUCUGCUGAGAACUGUUUUUGAGUUUCCAAAGCGCCCUCUUUUUUGUAACUUAAUCUGCACUCCAAGUGUUUGUUUAAUGGUUUGAGCAAAUCGGUGUCUUAUUCAGGCGAAAAGGGCCGAGCUUUCGAAUCUUCUUUUUGUUAAAGAAGUAGCUGUUUGUGUCUCUUUCGAAAAAUAUUGCAUUUUGGCGAGGAGUGAGAUUUUAUCCUGGGACACGAAAAUGAGAAAAAAAUAAGCAUUUUUUUUUUGUGGGUAGAUUGUGAAACAUUUCUGCUGCAUUAAUUGGGGUUUUCACUGAAAAGCUGGAGUCUUUAUGAGUUGGGAUCUUCAGCCUUGAGGCAUUCUUUAUUUUUGUGAAUUUUCUAUAGAUUUGUUGUUUUUCCCCCAUUUUGCUCAGAAACUGUAAUUUGGGGUUUGUUUGGAGGCAGUUGGAUUCAGAUUUUGAGAGUAAUCCUGAGAUUUGGUCUCACAUUUGUGGCUGCUCGAAAUCUGAAGUGCAUUUUGCAGAAAUGGCUUGUGUGAAGUUGGGAUCCAAGACUGAGGCAUUCCAGAGGCAAGGACAGGCUUGGUUUUGCACGAGUGGUCUUCCAAGUGAUGUGGUUGUCGAAGUUGGGGAAAUGUCGUUCCAUCUUCACAAGUUUCCAUUGCUUUCAAGAAGUGGGGUUAUGGAACGGCUCGUUGAAGAGGCGUCCAAAGGAGAGGAAGGCUGUGUCAUUAAGCUACCCGACAUUCCCGGUGGAGCGAAGACAUUUGAAACAGUAGCUAAAUUUUGCUACGGAGUCAAACUCGAACUCACUGCUGCAAACGUUGUGUACCUCCGCUGUGCAGCCGAGCAUCUUGAAAUGACCGAAGAGUAUGGCGAGGGGAAUCUCAUUUCGCAAACGGAAAGCUUCCUUGAUCAGGUGGUUCUCGACAACUGGAACGAUUCUUUGCGGGCGCUACAAACCUGUGACGAUAUCCUUACCUAUGCCGAACAACUCGAUAUUCCAAGACGAUGCAUUGAUUCUUUGGCUGCCAAGGCGUGCACAGAACAGAAUUUAUUGGGAUGGCCCGUGAUGGAGCGUGGAGGCCCAUUGCAGAGCCCUGGGGGGAGCGUCUUGUGGAAUGGGAUAAGCACCGGUGCUCGACCGAAAAGCUCAAAUUCGGAAGAUUGGUGGUAUGAUGAUGCAUCUGUUUUAAGUUUUGACCUCUACAAAAGGUUGAUUCUGGCUAUGGAGUCUCAGGGUGUGAAACAGGAAAUAAUUGCUGGCUCCCUCAAUUCUUACGCGAAAAAGUACCUACCAGGGCUACAUCGGCGCCGUGGCUCCGCCACGCUAAGAAACCACCUGGUGGGAUUAUUGUCGGAGGAAGAUCAGAAGCUUCUCGUUGAAGAGAUUGAUUACUUGCUGCCAUUGGAGAAGGGCCUCGUCCCGUCAAAGUUCCUGUUCGGUUUACUGAAAACGGCAAGGAUUCUUCGAGCGAAUCCCUCGUGUGUGUCGAAUCUGGAAAAACGGAUAGGGUUGCAGCUUGAUCAGGCAGCGCUCGAGGAUCUCUUGAUGCCGACUUUCUCCUACUCAAUGGAGACGCUGUACGAUGUCGACUGUGUGCUGCGUAUUCUCGAUCAUUUCUUGGCUAUGGAUCAGGUAGCCGCCUCCCCAGGCUCGUUCGAUGAAGGCCAGUUGAUCAGCUCGCCAUCGCUCACGCCUAUCACGAUGGUAGCCAAGCUCAUUGAUGGCUACCUUGCAGAGGUUGCCCCAGAUGUCAAUCUGAAGCUCCCCAAAUUUCAGUCUCUCGCUGCUGCCGUUCCCGAGUAUGCGCGGCCGUUGGACGAUGGGCUUUAUCGCGCAGUCGACAUCUAUCUAAAGUCGCAUCCGUGGCUAGCGGAUUCCGACAGAGAUCACCUCUGCAGGCUGAUCGACUGCCAGAAACUCUCUUUAGAAGCUUGCACGCACGCAGCUCAGAAUGAGAGGCUACCGUUGAGAACAAUCAUCCAAGUUCUCUUCUUUGAGCAGCUGCAGCUGAGGACUUCCGUGGCCGGGUGCUUGCUCGUCUCGGACAACCUUGACGUCUCGAGACAAGCGCCGAACGAGGGGGGCUGGACAACCACGGCCGUGAGGGAGAACCACGCACUGAAGGCAGGCAUGGAUAGCAUGAGGACUAGGGUUUCUGAGCUCGAGAAGGAGUGCUCGAACAUGAGGCAGGAGAUCGGGAGUUUGGGGCGGGCGAAGAGAUCGAGCAUUUGGGGGAACGUGUCGAAGAAGCUCGGGUUGAAGUCCCAAAUGUGCAGCGCGCAAGAGGGGUCUGUGAGCAAGCAGAACGAUCGUGUUGAGGGAAAUGAGAAAUCUAGGGACAAGCACAGGAAGGAGAAGAAGAGACCAACUUCAGAUGAUUAAAUUUGUAUAUUUAUUUAUAAUUUUGUAUUUAGGAGGGAUUAACGUCUCCGAAUCAAAAUCCAAGAUUCGGAUUCGGAGACGAUGACUCAUUGAUUAUGUGACAUGUGUACGUACAUAUAUCGACUUUGUUCGUGCCUAGAUCUAGAAGAGGGGUUUGGCGUAGCCCAUGCUACCAUUCUAUGUUAUCUAACCUAGGUCAAGGCCUUGCAAGUGUUUUAUGAAUAUGAUGAUAUUUAUUGAGUUUCA